AAAAUCAGAAGCCUCUCUUCUGCAAUUUCUCUUUAUUUUAAUAGAAAGCUUUUCCUUGCUUUCAGAGGGUUGCGAGAUCGAAACAUCACAAAAACACAUAAAGGAAAUCGAAAAGGUAAGUAGAAUAUUUGUGCUCAGACGCACCAGAUUUUGCAAAAUUGUAGUAAAAAUUGAUCUAGACCUGUGAAUUACUCCACAAAUCUAGGGUUUAGCUUCUGAGUACGGUGGAAGAAAAUAGUUCUGAAUUGAGCAAGAAUGCAGUGAGACGAUGAUUUUUUAGUAGUUAAAUUCUCUUUUUGCGAGGGUAUUUGUGUUGAAAAGAUGUACUUCGAGGAAAGAAAAGGGAGUUUGUGGGCGUCGGUGAAAAUGUAGUUAAACGAUGAUUCAGCAAAGUGGGGUUUGAAAUCUGAAUGCUUGGUCAGUGAGGGUUUUAGUGCAAGAUCGUGAUCUUUGUGAAAAGAAACUUGAGGUAGUGUGGAAAUUUUGCCGCAGGAAUGUGAUGUUUUCGGCUUUGUAAGAAUUUAUUGUUAAGUGAGUGGUUUGGGAGGUUGGGUUGGAAAAUGUACGGCAUUUACUUGGAUGAAGUGGCUGCUAGAGCUGUAUGCUGUAGAGUAGGUGGAAUUUGAAGCUAAGAAGGCGAAGGGUAAACUUUUAAUGAUUGGGCUGGAAGAAUUUGAGAAUUGGGAGCCGAGUGGAGGGAGUUUUUAUUUUUUCCUUUUCUCCUUGUUUGUUAGAGUUUUAUCUGAGAUGAAAACAUUAAUUGAUAAAAUUUAGACGGAUCAUAGUUCAAAAUUGACAAUUAUGAGCUGAGAGGAGGAAGGGUUGUGAUAUUUUUAGGGUUUGAUCGUUAGGAGAAAUUAUAGAGGAGUAAAAGGAAAAUUUUGGUGUUGAUAAUGCACGCCAGACACCGAACCCCUGGUGAGGGGUUGCGGGCUAACUCCUUUGGAGUUGGGCAGCCUUCUGUCCGCAGUGGCCCGGACUUGGGUUGGCGGCACAUGUCACACUCAUCUGAUUUCAAGGGCUCAGGGCGUGGGGUUGGGAGAGGUUUGUCCAAACCACCUUCAAUGGUACGGAAAGCUGAUAUAAUGAUGGAAGCUGGGCGGCUUGCAGCAGAAUAUUUGGUUUCUCAGGGUAUUCUGUCACCCAGUAGCUUGAUUCACAAGGGGCAGAAUGGCAACAUUGCAAGAUUGCCCAAGGAAUGUCCUGAGGUCAGGGUUCGUGAAAAAGAAUCAUUGGCAAAUGAGAAUGGCAGUCCUAAUUCUGCUCAGUAUGUUGGCAUGGCAAUGGAAGCUAUAUCUGGUUCAUCGUCAUUGACUGUAAGGGAUGAAGAAGCUAAGAUUGACUUUGGAACUUCUGAAAUGUUAGUGGGUGGAAAAAGAAAAGCUCCAGAUGAUUCCAUAGAUGGUAGAAAACAGUUGAAGGAUAGAAAGUUAGGGAAUUUCAAGGCCUUUAUGCGAGACUGGAAUCUAGGAGACAGUAGGUCUGGUCCCUCUCUUGACAAAUGCAUUGAAUUUUGUGCUAGUAAGACUGCUGUUGAUGAUUUAACUCAAUAUCAUGGAGAGAAAAUGGCUAUAGACAUUGGGGGGGUGCCAAGAGCUAUGGAUUCUAUAUCUUGUAAAAGUGGGGUUGAGGGUGAUUCAGACUCUGACCUGGAAAAUUUUGAGUUUCCAGAUACAACAGAUUCAAAGCCUCUUUGUUCAUCUGUCAGCAAGACUAAGGAGUCCUUUGGUACAGAGGAUCCUUUUGGAAGGAAAAUAGAGAAGCCUGAACUGCAAAAUUGUGCAAUUAUUGACAAGGAAGAUAGACCUACAGAGUCUGGAGAGUUAAGGGAUUCAUAUUGGAAUGAUAGGGAAAUACAGAAUCCAUUGCACCAACACUUUGUAAAGACUGAUGUUAUUUCUAAGGAUUCACGAGGGUCAUCACCCGCAGAUAUGAGUAGAGGUCAUUUCUCAAAUGAACAAGAUUUAAGAAGCAAAGUCAGUGAUCGGAGCAUUGGUGGGGUUUCUUCUAACAGUGUUGAUCUUGUCCAGCUGUGCAGUCAAGGGCAAGUUCCAACCAAGGCACGCUCUAUUACAAGACAUAAAGUGAUGGAUGCUGAACAUUGUAUGGAUAGGCGCUUGUUUCCUAUUCAUGGGGGGAGGAACAGUGGGGAGUUCUCAUCAGGUAGAUUUUCAAAUAAUUCCAGGGAUGAUGAUCUUGUUGAGGAAUCUGGCAAGUCCUGUUGGAAUCUGAGGGGUUCUGGUUCAGAGUCCACUAGGAUUCGGGCAAACAGGCCUGCAGAAGAGGAUGGGGAGCUAGAUCAUUCUAUAGCUACCGAGAAGGAUAGAUUUGCCAAGUCUUAUUCUUUUUCGGAUAGAUCUUCUUUCAUGCAUCAACAAGAAUCUAGUAGAUGGCCUCCUGGGUUUGGUGGUCCUCAUAGUGGGGAUUCGGUUUCUCUUGAUGGAAGAAUGUUUGCAUAUGGACGAUCUAGGUCAAUGUUUCCACAAAGAGACAUGGAAAAUCCCAUGUGCCGCAGCAAUAGAUGGGAAGCGAAAAGAAAGAGAGAGUGGCCACCUGGUCGGAUUUCCCAGGCAGAUGAAUACUUUCGAUUGCAUAAUCUCAAAGCAAAACAGACAAGUGCACAGAUGAAGGCAGCCCCUUCAGGUGUGGAAGUUGUUUUUGAACCUGUUGAACAAGAAGAUAUGUUGGAUGAUAAGAUGCCAGAGAAAAAGGAUUUAAGUGCUAAUUCAACAAUAAAAGCUGUCGUUUCUGGUUCUGGUUCUGGUUCUAAUGAUGAGCAAGAGUCUUUGUCCACUGGCAGCAAAACUGUUGAUGAAAAGCUUAAUCUAAAUACUGUUACAGCUGCGGAGAUCGAGGAACCUGAUUCCUUUAUGAUUGAGAAGCAGAGAGCAUCUGCUCAAAUAUCCAGUCUACUGGCAAAGAUCCAUAAAGGUAGUUCAAAUGAGUCUUCAUUGCCAGUUGUUGAAGAGGGACACACAACAGAGUGCACUCAAAAGGAUGAAGGGAAAGUGCCAAUUGCAGAGUCUCAGCCAAAUGGAAUGGAUAAAGAAGAAAGAUCAGUAAUUGCCUUUUUCCAGGACCUCCUUAAAGAUUGUCCUCUUUUGAGGCAUCUUUAUCAAUCUCGUGAUGGGUCUAGAGAAUUUGACUGUCUUGUAUGCCUUAGUUCGUCAUCUCUGAGUGAAAGAAAGUUUUCAAACUUGGCUGGGCUUUUAAGGCAUGCAAAGGAUGACAACGAAAUGCCUUUAAUGCACACAGGUUAUGGUCAUGCAAUUUGUGAAUUAUUGGAUUUAAACAAUUCAAAUGACCCCUCAAAAGAUGUUGAGAAUGUGGAACAAUGUUCAAGCCAAUCUCUUCAAAGUGAGGAGGGAAUUGUUGAUACUGCUGAACCAAUAACGCUAUCUUUGGAAGGCUUGGAAAAUGCUGUACCAGAGGAUUAGCAAAGGAUUCCAUUUCAAAUGCAACUCCAUGUUGAAUGUGGCAUAUGUUUGCCUACUACACGAUGAGAACAGAAAACCUUGGCAAUAAUUUUAUUUUUCUCAAGUGAAACCUUCUUUUGUUGCUCCUUAGUUUACCCUCAGUCUGCAGAAACACUGCUCUGGACUAUAAAUAUUGCAGCUGUUUCAAUAGCCUCCAGGCAUCAUCAAAACACAAGAAUACAGCAGCCCGGAUGGGUUUGUACUUGUAGAGAAACACAGGAUGGACAGGGCAACGUUCAGAUUCUGCCAGAAAGUGGCUCAUGAUACGUAAUAGAUUGAUGGGCAAUCCAGACUGAUUAUAAUAUAAACCUGUACCUUUGAAAUGUAUGGUCAAUCUAGUCGGAUAUUAAUCAUAAACCUUUACCUUUCAAA